AUGUCUAACAACAACGACAACGACAACGACAACGACAACGACGACGACGACGACGACGACUACGCCCCUCUCCAACCACACUCAAACCCAUACUCACACUCCCAACCUCCACCCCCACGACCGCCCACUAUCACAACCAUGUCCAACCCCCUCGAUACCGACGCCGGCUCCGAACUCUUCAGCAGCUACGAAGCCGAGCUGAAACUCGUACAGGCAGAUCUCUCCCAGAAGCUCGACCAGAUUCCCGACCUCACAGGCGAGCCACGCAAGGCUGCCAUCCUGUCCGCAGAGCGGGCCUUGGAGGAAGGUCAUGAACUCCUCGACCAGAUGCGCCUCGAGAAGCAGAACAUCCCAUCCACCACGCGCAGCAAAAUCAACGCCCGCUUCCGUAACCACGAGUCGGACAUCGAUGCCUCGAAGCGCAAGCUGCUCGCCCUGGCUUCCGACCGCUCCGCCCUCUUCGGGUCCCGCUAUUCUGACAACCCGGGCGGCAACGACGUGCAGCUCGAGCAGCGCCAGCAGCUCCUCUCCGGUACCGACCGCCUAGACCGGAGCAGCCAGCGGCUGAAGAACAGUGCCGCGCUCGCGCUCGAGACGGAAGCCAUUGGUGCCAGCACGCUAGCGGAUCUGCAUCGCCAGAGAGAGACCAUCCAGCAUACGGGCGACAUCCUGCACGAGAGCGAGGGCUAUGUGGACCGCAGUGUCAAGACGCUGAGGGGGAUGGCGCGGAGGAUGGCUACAAAUCGGAUCAUAACGAUUGCAAUUAUCACCGUGCUGGUGCUGCUCAUUAUUGCGGUCAUCUACAGCAAGUUCAGUUAG